AUGGAACCUCAGUCAACUCACGAAUUAUUCGAGUCCUUGCGCGUUUUCUACCCCAUUCUCCUUAUAUUCGUCUUCGUCUUUGUCUCUAUGGUCGAACCUAUAGUUGCCAUAAAGAGAGCAAAGAAAAAUAACCACGGCUCGGGCCCAGACACAUGCCUAUGUCACGAAAACAGAAAAUGGAUGGCUUUAAAAGGGCACUUCAUUCGGCUCUCAGCUGUGGUGCUCAUGACAUACGUCGCGGAUAUGUUGACCUAUAUUAUCCAUGUCGAAGUGGCUUGGUCGGAGCAUUGGUGGGGCGGAGAGUCCAUGGCGGUAUGUCUUCAGGAGACAUGCACUCUUUUCGUGUGUUUGAUCGCUGCCAUUCCCAUAGAACUCGGUAUUUUAGCUACCUCAUUAUCGCGUUAUACCUCGCGCCACCGUGAGCCAAUGACCGGGGACCCAUACGGUGGUCCGGUCCGUGAGAGCAUCACCGGCUGGGAGAUGAUUGAGGUGACCUCCCACAGCGUCCGGAUUCUGGCGCUGCUUGCAUUAGCUCUACUUUACGCCUGCAAGUGCAUCUCAUUCACAAGAUUACACUUGCCAGAGACCACUCGGCUUUUGCAGAGCACAUUUGAUAAUAAUCACUGCUGUGAUUUAGCGAGCUCCCGUUGGUGGGAGAACAUUAGCUUUUACGCACCCUUUUGGCCUUGCAUUUGGCCAUCCAAGUCACGGCAUCUCCAGUCUAUCCUGGCGGCCUGUGCUAUCCUCAUUGUGCUCCAAGUAUGGGUAAAAGCUGUAUCCCAUUCUCAAGUUGGGGUCAUUAUCACAGCUCUCAAAAUUCAAAACGGGGCAGAUACUAUCAGUAUUCCACGGCCCGAGGUCAAGUUAUGGAUUGUUUACUAUAUACUUUCGCAGUCUUUGAACAUUCUUCGCUCAUGGCUGUGGAUACCAGUGAGCCAACACACCUAUCGGCGGCUUUCGAUAACGGGGCUGGGGCAUGCCCUCUGUCUCGACUUAGAGUAUCAUCAGGCUAAAAGCACAGGAGAACUCGCGUCAGCUUUAAACAAAGUCAAAUCCGUCACAGAGUUCCAAGAGCAGAUUUCCAAUGAAUUGCUUCCCGCGAUUCUGGAAUUGGUUUUUGCAAUUGGCUACUUUCUGAUCAACUUUGAUGCCUACUAUGCCCUCAUUAUUGGAUUAUAUUCGGUGAUAUUCCUUCUUGUCAUUGCGCGCAUGACUCAAUGGAAAGCAGAAGCUAAAAGGGAAUUGACGAAGGCCUCAAAGGAGGAGGAAGCAAUAAAGACCGAGUUGAUUGCUUCACAUAAAUACGUCAGGUUAUCCUGUGAAGAACGAGAGACAGACCGAUAUGCCCGCGCUGUGGAACGGACUACCAAUUGUCAGUUGGUUACAAAAAAUCGUGGGAUAGUGCAAAAUAUCCUCCAGAGCAUCGUUCUGACGGCGUUGUUUCUCUCCAUAUGCUACAACGCUUUAUAUCAGGUUUCCAUUGGCCUACGGCCCGUGGGCGAGUUCGUACAGGUCUUCACGUAUAUAUCACAGCUCCUGAUCCCGUUGAGCACUUUUACGCGGCUUUAUGACUCUUUCCAAACUGCUAUGAUUAAUGCCGAGCGCAUGUUGGAAGUUCUCCGAGCCCAACCGAUGGUUGUCUACGAGCGCCGAGAUAUCCCACGAGGCAUAUGUAUCGGCAAAAUAGAGUUUCGGAAUGUUACGUUUUUCCGGGAUGGACACUGUUUACUGAAGGGGCUCACCUUUGUAUGCGAGCCGGGAACUACCACAGCCCUGGUGGGUGAAUCUGGUAGUGGUAAAUCCACUAUUUUUGAUCUCAUCUCUGGAUUCCAUCACUUCGAAGGCACGAUUACCAUCGAUGGGGAGGACAUCAGGAAAUAUGACUUUCGGAAGCACAUGACCGUUAUGUCGCAAGAUUCUCCCUUGCUGAACGAUACCUAUUUCCACAAUCUGACGAGUGGCAAAUAUGAUGCUACUAUUGAGGAGGUGACAGAGGCCUGCCGGGAUGCUGCAAUUCUUGACAAGAUCAAUCAAGUACCAGGAGGCUUCGAUGCCAAGGUGGGCGCCAACGGCACGAAGCUUAGUGGAGGUCAGAAGCAGCGUUUAGCAGUCGCUCGUGCCUUGGUACCCAAACAGACAAAGAUUCGCUUGUUCGACGAGGUCACAUCGGCACUUGACCCUGCAUCCGAAUUUCGUGUGCAAACUUCUAUCACAGAAACCAGUUCUUGCCACACCACAAUAAUAACCACACAUCGACUCAAGAAUAUCAUGAAGGCACCCCUAAUUCUAGUUUUGAAAGAUGGCAGUAUAGUUGAGAGAGGCACUCACGAAGAACUCGUGAAUUUGGGUGGUGAAUAUGCACUUAUGUGGCGGCAAGAGCAGAAAUCAUAUGUUUCAGAGGAUGUCGAGCUGCGGAGAGAAGAACCACAGUGA